AUGAGGAACGAUGAUGAUAUGUGCUUUGUGUGGUGCCAUGAGAGACACCUUAGACCUAAAGACAGGAGGGCAACUACUAUCACACACAAGGACAGGGAAUUCGAGUCAAGCUUCGAUCAUGAGGGUAUUGAGUUCCCUGUGAAGAUAAGCGAUAUUGAUAAAAUAGAAAGGAGAAAUAACAUUAAUAUAUCAGUGUUCGGUUAUAAGGGAAGAAAACAGUUCUACCCAAUACGUAUAUCAAAAUGCGAAUACAAUGAUCACAUGGAACUACUACUACUGGGUAAUUCUGAGGGAGACCUGCACUAUGUGCUGAUAAGCGAUGUGAACAGAAUGUUGUGUGGUGUGACUAAGAACAAGAACAAGGCGCACUUCUGUUUACACUGUCUGCACAACUGUGUGAGUGAAGAGGCACUCGAAAAACAUAGGGAGACAUGUCUGCAGGUAAAUGGAGUUCAGACAACUAAGUUUCCAAAGGAAGGAACCAAAAUAAAGUUCAAAAAUCAUAGGAACUCAAUGCCUGUGCCCUUUGUAAUAUAUGCUGACUUCGAGUCAAUACUGGUUCCUGAGGAGAAAAAUGACAAAUCAGAGAACAGUGAGGAUGAAAGCCGCACUAACCGUUACCAGACUCACCAAGCGUGUAGCUUCGGUCUCAAAACAGUGUGCCACUAUGAUGAUAAGUACUCCGGUGAAUACAAGAGUUACGUUGGUAAAGCUGCUAACGUCUUCCUCAAGACUGUACUGAGAGAGGCAGCUAGAUGUAGACAGCAAGUUAACAACAUAUUCAAAAAGAAGAUGGAAAUCACACCGAAACAGGAAGGGGAAUUCCAAGUGGCAAAGGAUUGUUCCAUAUGUGGUGGGGAACUAGGUGAGGACAGAGUAAGAGACCAUUGUCAUGUGACUGGAAAGUACCGUGGAGCGGCUCACAAUAUAUGCAACCUGAAGUAUAGAAUUACAUGGAAAGUACCGGUGGUUUUCCACAACCUGAGAGGUUAUGAUAGCCAUCUGAUCAUGCCGGAAAUAGGUGAGUUCAAGAUGAAAGUCAACGUGAUUCCAAAUAGUAUGGAAAAAUAUAUAUCAUUCUCACUGGGUAAAAAUCUUGUCUUCAUAGACUCUAUACAGUUCAUGGCUUCUUCGCUGGAAGACCUUUGUUAGCAACCUUUCACCAGAGGACUUCAGGAUAGUAGGCAAGAGGUGGAAGGGAGAGGACUUCAAUCUGGUGACACAAAAAGGAGUGUUCCCCUACGAGUUCCUAGACGACAUUAGCAAACUCAGUACAAAAGGUCUUCCGAGCAAAGACAAGUUCUACUCCUCACUGUAUGAGUCUGAGGUAAAGUAUAAAGAUUACCAAAGAGCUCAAAGGGUGUGGAAACACUUUGGAAUGAAAACCAUGAGGGAUUACCAUGACCUCUACUUGGAUACGGAUGUUAUACUGUUGGCAGAUGUUUUUGAGAACUUUAGAAGAACUUGCCUGGAAAACUACAAGCUUGACCCUGCACAUUACGUGUCAGCGCCCAGUCUUAGUUGGGACGCUUUCCUGAAAACGUUAGGUGAACACAUGGAACUUGUAAGUGAUAUGAACAUCUUCCAGUUCUUUGAGAAGGGAGUGAGAGGUAGCACAAGUUACAUUGCUCACAGAAGCUCCACAGCUAAUAAUAAAUACACGGAGACCUAUGACGAGACAUCUGAGAACAAGUACCUAAUGUACCUCAAUGCAAACAAUUUAUAUGACUGGGCGAUGUCACAACCGCUACCUAAUGGAGAGUUCGAGUGGGUUGAGGACCUCGAAAAUAUAAGGCUAGACGACUACCUGAAAGACGACGGUGGAGGGAUGGUUUUGGAGGUUGACAUGGAAUAUCCGUCAGAACUUCACGAUCUACAUAACGGUUAUCCUCUAGCUCCGGAGAGCAAGGAAAUAGACUCCUCCAUGUUGUCAGACUACGCAAAGAAUAUUGCUGAGAAAUUUCAGUUGACGGUUGGUGGUGUGAGAAAACUGAUUACUUCAUUUGGUCCCAGGAAGAAAUACGUGUUACAUGUACGCAAUCUGAAACUGUACACUGACCUUGGAAUGAAAUUGACUAGGGUUCAUAGAGCGGUUACUUUCAAACAGUCCUGCUGGCUCAAGGACUACAUAGACUUCAACACAAAGACGCGUUCAACUGCCAAAAAUACAUUCGAGAAGAAUUUCUUCAAACUGAUGAAUAAUUCAAUAUAUGGCAAUGGAAAAUCUUAGGAAGCGUGUUGAUGUCAAGCUAGUGUCAUCGGAAGAGGACCUACUGAAAAUGACAACUUCACCAUGUUUCCAAUCUCACAGGAUCAUGAAUGAGAAUCUUAUAGUUGUAAAAAGAAUGAAGGAAGUGCUAACACUAAAUAAGCCGUGCUAUGUAGGAAUGAGCAUCUUAGACUUAUCCUAAGCACUCAUAUAUGAUUUCCAUUACAACACCAUACGGAAUACGGUGAUAAGUCAAGGCUUCUGUUCACAGACACUGACAGUCUUAUGUACGAACUGAAGACUGAUGACAUUUAUGAGGAUCGGAUUACUCAGACCAUAAUAAGAAGGUUAUAGGUAAGUUUAAGGAUGAAUCUGGAGGUGUGUCUAUAAUUGAGUUUGUUGGGCUGAGAUCGAAGAUGUACUCAUAUGUCAAGGAAAACGGCAAAUGUGGAAUGACGGCUAAGGGGGUUAAAAAGUAUGUCAUUAGAAAUAAGCUCACUCAUGAGAACUUCAAGUAUGUAAUCGGCACUAAGGGGAGGAUGAGACAUAAUAUGAACACAAUCAGGAGCACCAAACAUACAAUUGGAACUUACGAAAUGAGAAUGGUCACUCUGAGUCACAAGUUAUGCUUACCGCAACUGGAGAAUAGCAAAUAAAGAUGUUGAAGUUGUCAUCCAAGAGGAAGUAAAGCCUGAUGUGUGUAUACACAGGGUGGUAGUUGAAGAUGAAUGUGUAACUGUUCAAAAGCCUAUAAUGAUUGAAAAAAGACCUUCAGCACUAAUUGUCUUCCAAGAGGAAAUAGUUGAGUUGAAAUCACCACAGAUAGAAAAAUAGAACCGUAUAAUAUGUUCCUGCUGAAGGUAAUAGCUUUUAGAAAAGCAGAGAGGAAACUCGACAGCUCAGACAGAAUGGCUCAGCUAAUGGACUUCGGGUGGGACAUAGAAAAGCUCUCAAAGUACAUGGUAGAGUGUGAUGAGAAGGUUCUAUGUGAAUACACUGAGGAUGAGCUGGAGGAGUACAAAAACAGGUUACAUGUAGAGGAUAUGGAAGAGGAUAAGAUUGAGGAGAAAAUAAGUCGUGAAAUCUACACAAGCAAGGAGAAGUUGAUAAGAAACUAUGAGGUAUAUCUUGGAAUCAGAGAGGAGUCUGUGGAGAGACCAGUCAGAGUAUACAAAAGAUGGCUAACUGAUGUGAGAGGCCAUAGCGAUGAGGAGGCAGAUGAAAUGGCAGAAAGGGAGUUCAGCGGUCAACCACCAAAAAUAGAACACCAAAGUACAAAGCCUGAGGAAGAGCCUGAACCUGAAAGUGAGCAGGAGGAAGACGAGAAUGACAGAUUCAUAAGAAGACGUUGGAAUCCCAGUGAAAGAUACAGAAGUAAAAAUAAGGACAGUAGCAGAAGACACCGAAAGAGCAGGCAAACUAAGAGAGAUCGAUCAAAGAACAGACAUAGUAGAAGACCAGCGAAGUAG